AUGAAAGCCAGGGCGUCGAUGAAGUACGGAGUGACGAGAAUCGAUGAGGCGACCAGGAAAAGGGGAGGUAAUCCUCUCCGCCUACUCAGCUCCAGAUCGUGCUUGAUUACUACUACAUAUUUGCAAUUUUCUUGCUAUUUUCUUUCGUCUUGUACCUUUUUUAUUCUUGUUCUUUUCAAUUUCCCCUCCAUUUUCAAUCAUCCAUUUGUCUUCGUUUUUCUUUUUGACUUUCCUUCUUACAUUAUUUCUAUGGAGUCCUCUAGGUUCUUGAACAGUAUACUUCUUUCUUUCUUUCUUUCUUUCUUUCUUUCUUUCUUUCUUUCUUUCUUUCUUUCUUUGUCUUAUGAUUCUUUCUUUUGGUUUUUCUUUUUUUACUUCUUUAUUGUAUAUAGCUUUUUCUUUUUCUCUUUCUUUUGUCUUCUGCUUCUUUUCAUCUUCUUUUCAUUUUCCUUCUUCUUAUUCUUUCACUUGGCUUGUACUAUUUCUCUGUUUAGUCCUUUUCUUCUUUCUCCCCUUAUCCCUUUCAACCAACUUAUUUCAUUCACUUAUCUUUCAUUGUUCCAUGUUCGUCUCAUUACCAACCUCAUUUAA